CUUCCUUCUGUGAAGUUAUGCCUAGUUUCUGGACUCUUUGCUCAGCUAUGCAAUAAGAAAGAGGAUUAACGGAGCCGAGCAGCAGGAAUUUGGCCUUUCAUCCAUCACCUGGUUCCCUCAAAGAAAAUACUCUUCCUCUCUUUCCUUUCUUUCUUUCUUUCUUCUACCCUCUUUCCAGCAUGACCCUGCUGUCAGAGGACCAGUCUGCCAGGCCCCAGCCCUGUCUGCUGUCAGAACCUGACAAACACAUCAGCACUUCUUUAGACCAGUACAGACCAGACUACACUAAAGAGGACUACAUGGACAGUGUGGAGACCUCAGUGUUUGGGACUGUGGAGCCCCCUCGACGUUCUCGUGGUCGCCUGAUCCUCCACAGUAUGGUUAUGUUUGGUCGGGAGUUCUGCUAUGCGGUGGAAGCGGCAUUUGUCACACCGGUGCUUCUCAGCGUAGGUCUCCCCCGCAGUCUGUACAGCCUGGUGUGGCUGAUCAGCCCCAUCCUGGGCUUUCUGCUUCAGCCCAUCAUCGGCUCAGCAAGUGACUACUGCCGGUCUUCCUGGGGCAGGAGGAGGCCCUACAUCCUGGUCCUCGGUAUCCUCAUGCUGGUGGGGCUCAGCAUGUUUCUCAAUGGAGAUGCAGUGGUCUCAGAGCUCGUCAGUGACAGGUCAUCCAGAAGUACGUGGGCCAUCGUGGUGGUCAUGUUUGGGGUUGUGCUGUUCGACUUUGCUGCAGAUUUCAUCGACGGGCCAAUCAAGGCCUACCUGUUUGAUGUGUGCUCAUACCAAGACAAGGAAAGAGGUCUACAUUAUCACGCUUUAUUCACAGGACUGGGCGGAGCUUGUGGUUACCUGGUUGGAGCAAUGGACUGGGGUCACUCUGUAUUGGGGCGCCUCCUGGGCUCUGAGUACCAAGUGAUCUACUUCUUCUCUGCACUCACUUGGGGCGUCUUUCUCAUCGUGCACCUCUUCAGUAUUCCAGAGAAACCUCUGGCCAAAGUGCCAUCUGAAUCCUCAGCUUCCAGUGCGCUCCGUUUAUUAGGCCCCCACAGCAAUGGCUACGGAGCACUGGGGAAGGAGCCUGUCUCUCCUGUCAUCCCAACAUCCAGCCCUGAGAUCAGGCCAAGGUCCUACUCGGCGAUUGGAGAAAGACCAAGAUCUUUCUCUGCUCUCGGUGAAGCCAACUCUGUGACUUCAAGUGCCAAACAGCCAAUUAAGGAGGACCAGAAGAAGAUGACGUUCAGGUCUUUGAUGAAAGCUAUCUUCAACAUGCCAAACCACUACCGCUUCCUGUGCAUCAGCCACCUGCUGGGAUGGGCAGCUUUUCUCUGCAACAUGCUCUUCUUCACUGACUUCAUGGGACAGAUUGUUUAUAGGGGAAAUCCUUAUGCAGAACACAACUCCACGGCUUACGUCACGUAUGAGAGAGGAGUUGAAGUUGGCUGCUGGGGACUGUGUAUUAAUGCAGUUUCCUCUGCUCUCUACUCGUACGUGCAGCGCUUCCUCCUUCCGUACAUUGGCCUGAAGGGAUUAUACUUCAUGGGCUACUUUGUGUUCGGCAUGGGUACCAGUCUAAUUGGCCUCUUCCCAGAGGUCAUAGCCACACUCAUCCUCUGCAGCGUGUUUGGCGUCAUGUCUAGCACGCUCUACACAAUCCCGUUCAACCUAAUUGCUGAGUAUCAGCGGGAGGAAGAGGAACAAGUAAAGCUGCAGGGAGGCAAUGAAUGCCCUCGAGGCACCGGGAUGGACUGUGCUGCACUCACUUGUAUGGUCCAGCUGGCUCAAAUCAUUGUGGGGGCGGGACUCGGGGCUCUGGUCAACGCGGCAGGAAGUGUCAUCGUGGUGGUUCUAUCAGCUUCCUCUAUCUCCCUCAUAGGCUGCAUCUUCAUUGCUCUCUUUAUCAGAUAUGUGGAAUGAUAUUUCUUUUAAAGUGAACUGUGCUGCUUUAUUAAAUAAAGAGUCUUUAAUAUAUCA